CUAUAUUAAGCCAGUACUCUGUUUGUCAAGCCUCUACACUGAGGAGUAUUGUGAGAAACAGUUUUCGAGGUGCUUUGUUUAUAUAUAGGUUUGUGCAUUGGGCAAACUUGAUUGUUGGUGACUAGAAGAGUGCCCGUAGACGCGGUAAAUUUAAAAAUGUGUAAUAAGUAUUACGCAAACUGUGCGUAGAUAUGUCCAUAAGGUCUUUCGUACUCAUCAGAGUGAUGUUUGAGCGGUUUUAUCGCUCAAGACUGAGUUCAAUGUUUCUUUUGUGUACAGCAGAUCCAUUUGAAAGUGUUAAUUUACGCUCCUGUGCUUUUUUCUAGUUCUGCCUUUACCUUUUGACAGAUAUGAACAACUAAUAAUGAUUUUUAUGAAUUGAAAAAAUGCCCAAAUAUUUAGAGAGCGAAAUGUGGAUAGGAUUCUACAUUGUCGAGGACAAACGGCUCAAUCCUUCGGUUCCUCGGCUGGCAUACUGAUUGGAGUGCUGAUCAAGAUAGAAUCCUAUUUCUAAGGAAUUAACACGAUGAGCCAUCAUUUUGUUCCUAUCAUCUUCUUUUCCAUGUUUCCGAUAGCAAUUUGCCAGGGUCCUGAGUAUAACAUAGCAGUUUUGAAAGAAAAACGCAUUUGUCCAGAUGUUAUUCCCAUCAAAGACUGUCCUGGUGAAAGAGCUGAGGUACGAUCCAAAGGUGCUGUGGUCAACUGCAAAUUUAACGACAGGGUGCAAUAUGGUUGCAAAUGACGUAGUGGAAUUUCCUAGAUUUGUUAGGCACGCUCAUGAAACUGAUGCUAUCUAUGUUGUUAUAAUGACAGAUCCGGAUGUUCCUACAAGGGAGAAUCCAACUAAACGAGAGUAUCUGCAUUGGCUAGUUGGCAAUAUUUAUGAGGAUAACUGGCACACCGGUGAAAUAAUUGUAGACUAUGUCGGACCUAUACCUGAACACAUGAAUGGUGUCCACAGGAUGGUGUUCCUUGUAUACAAGCAGCCUAGCACAGACUUUAUUAGGUUUGAGGAGGAUCGUCUUCCACCCGUGCAUGAUGACAAAAAACGGUCGAAUUUUUCGUCGACAAAUUUUGCGAAAAGAUAUAAUUUAACUGGACCAGUUGCAGCAAACUUUUUCAUGGCCCACUGGACGCAAAAUAUGGUGCAAAAUUUGUCCAAACCAAUAACUUCAACAACAGAGGAUCUUUUUUACGACUAUGUCGACGAGGAAUUCAAGAAGCUGAUAAAUCAUACUACUAAGGUAAAACUCAUUCAAAUUAAACCACAAAAUACCAUGAAGACUGUUCCAGACUGUACAUUAAGAUUUUCAAAAUAUAUAACGACGAUUUUCUUCGUUUUAAUAAGUACAGUUUUGAAAAGAAGUCUUAUUUUAGCCGAUAUUGAGAAAUGUAGCUUCCUCAAAUCUCAGUUAACUAUACAUGGCGUGGUUCCUGAGGUGAUAAAGGAGGCACCUCCUCAUGAAAUUCAGGUUACGUUCCAUCAUGGCUUUUCAUUGAAACCGGCUGAAAAACUGACUCCAAGCCAGGUCAUGCUUCCUCCAAUUCAAGUAUCUUAUCCGGCGCAUGAAAAAGGCUACUACUUUCUCGCUUUAAUUGAUCCGGACUCACCAAAUCGAACAAAACCAGUAGACCGCGAAUUUUUGCAUUAUUUGGUUGGCAACAUUCCAGGGGUUGCUGUAUCUCUAGGAGCGGAAAUCAUUCCUUAUUACGCUCCUCUGCCAGAAAAAGACACAGGCGUUCACAGGUACGUGUUUACUGUCUUCCAGCAACCAAAGGGUGUCAUAAAUUUUGAAGGUGAACUAUCGAAUUCCAAAAAACCUAACAACGAAGGAAGGAAAAAAUUCAAUAUCUCACAUUUUGCUCAAAAAUAUGAUCUGGGGGCACCGCUCGCUGUCACGUUUUUCCAGAUGAAAUGGGAUGAGCACUAUGUAACCUCUACCAUGAGUUCAGGAUGAUUACAUUUUAAAUGCAAAAUUCUUCGUAUCAGUGUCCUGAAUAUUUUUCAGCGCAUCGCACGGAGCCAGCGAGACAAUUACUUGGACCUGAAUUCGGUCAAUCAUACAGUAAUGAACUGUUACAAGCAAAUGUACAUAUAUAUGUAGAUAUUAUCUUGACAUAAGCAUAAAAUCAAUUCAUUUUCUGUUUUCCACAAUGUAAAAAAUUGUAUCAGGUCAAAUUUCCUACAUUUUCUCUUAAUUUGAUACUUGAACUGAGCAAAGUAUGAUGCCAACACUUUUUAAAGUAAUUAAUUUAUUGAAAUUUAUACGUCAUCCAUUCAGUUACAUUUUGCAAUAAAUUAGAAACCACUGCUGGCA